AUGUCCCUGCUGCUUCAAUAUCUCAGCCCCAGGUCUCGCGCCAAGAUGGAGCGCCUGGAUAACCCCAUUCUCCCCGUCUACGAAGAUCCUCCUCUAAAGCCCGUAUUAAAUACUGUGAUUGCUGAUGGCGAAAUAUUUCUGAGCAGUAACCAGAAGACGAGAAAUCAGUUUCGCCCGCGCGCCGGUAAAGGAGGCGUCAAUAGCUACCAGCUACGACAGUAUGCUGAAGUAACUCUGGGAGGAGGUAGCUUGAGGAAGGUGGUCAAGCUCCCCGAAGGCGAAGAUGAGAAUGAGUGGCUAGCAGUCAAUAUGGUGGACUUCUACAACCAGAUCAAUCUCCUCUAUGGUGCCAUCACCGAGUUCUGCUCGCCGCAGUCGUGUCCCGAGAUGAAGGCUACCGAUGAGUUUGAAUAUCUUUGGCAAGACAGCGAAAACUACAAGCGACCCACCAAGAUGGCCGCACCGGCCUAUAUAGAGCAACUGAUGGCGUGGGUUCAAGCCAACAUUGACAACGAGUCUGUCAUGCCUAGCAAGAUCGGCGUGCCGUUUCCCAAAUCAUUUGGAAGUCUAAUUCGCCAAAUCUUCAAGAGAAUGUACCGUGUGUACGCUCACAUCUACUGCCACCACUAUCCCGUCGUCCGGGAGCUGGGGCUGGAGCCUCAUCUAAACACCAGCUUCAAGCAGUACGUGCUCUUCAUUGACGAACACGAAUUGGCAAGCGGGCGUGAUUACUGGGGUCCUCUUGGAGACCUCGUCGACAGCAUGCUGAAGAGCGACUGA